GAUAUCGGGUCACUUCCUGUUGAUUUUGGGACAUUUCUGGGUCGGUUCGUAUUGAUCUCUGGUCACUUCCUGUUAAUGUUGGGUCAGUUCCUCUUGGUAUCUGGUCACUACCUCUUGAUUUUGGGGCAUUCGGAGUCACUUCCUGUUAUAUUGGGUCACUUUGUUGAUAUCGGGUCACUCUUUGUUGAUUUUGGGGCAUUUCUGGGUUAGUUCCGAUUGAUCUUGGGUCCCUUCCUAUUGAUGUUGGGUUACUUUCUCUUGGUAUCUGGUCACGUCCUGUUGAUUUCGGGGCACUUGGGGUCACUUCCUGUUAUAUCUGGUCACUUCCUGUUGAUUUUGGGGUCUCGUCCUUUUAAUAUAGGGGUCACCUCCUGUUGAUUUUGGGGCAUUUUGGGUCACUUCAGGUUAUAUUGGGUCACUUUGUGUUGAUAUCGGGUCACUUCCUGUUAAUUUUGGGGCAUUUCUGGGUCGGUUCCGAUUGAUCUUGGAUAACUUCCUAUUGAUUUUCGGGCAUUUUUAGUCACUUCCUGGUACUUCUGGGUCACUUUGCUAUAUAAUUUGUCGCAUUUCGAGGCAGCUUCCAUUUCAUAUUGAUUCACUCGUGGAUUAUAGGUCAUUUCUGGUUGUUUUUUGGUAACUUCCUGGUGAUAUUGGGUCACGCCUUGUUAAUUUGGGGGUAUUCUGGGGUUACUUCCUGUUGAUUUCAGGUAACUUCCUAUGAUUUUUGGGGCAUUUCAGUGUAACUGCCUGUUGAUAUCAGGCCACUUCCAGUCGAUUUUGAGGUAUUUUGGUUUUAUUUCCUGUUUGGUAACUUCCUGUUGAUAUCGGGUCAACAUCUUGAUUUUAUGGCAUUUCAGGGUCCUUUCCUGUUGAUAUUGGGUCACUUCCUCGGUAUCUGCUCACUUCCUGUGUAUUUUGGGACAUUUGGGGUCACUUCCUGUUAUUUUGGGUCACUUUGUGUUGAUAUCGGGUCAUUUCCUGUUGAUUUUGGGGUUUCGCCCUAUUAAUAUUUGGUCCCUUCCUGUUGAUUUUGUGGCAUUUGGAGGAAGCUACCUAUUCAUAUCGAAUGACUUCCUGUUGAUUAUCAGUCACAUCGUGUUGAUUUUGGGUAGCUUCCUAUUGAUAUUGGCUCACUUCCUAUCGAUUUUGGGGGUUCUCUGGGGCACUUCCUGUAGAUUUUGGGUCACUUCCGGUUGAUUUUGGAUACCUUCCUAUUGAUAUCGGGUCACUUCAUGUUGAUGUAGGGUCACUUUUUGUCGGUUUUGGAGGUCACUUCCUGUUCAUUUUGGAGGCAAGGUGUAAGAGUAGCGUUUCUUCAAUAAACUACCCAGGUAUGAAGUUUGGCAUGGUUAAACAUUUUAUUUCAUCAGUUAGUCGAGGUUUUCUUUUAUCUCAAACAAUAGUUAAUGGUAGUUUAAAUACCGACGUGUUUCAUGUGUAUUUAAAAUGAACUCAACGCAACUAUUUUAUCCAUGUAAAAGCAUCUGCUAUUUAUGCUAGUGGCUGCCAUUGACUGCGCUAGACGUCCAAUCCAUUUAAAGUGAGAUGGCUGGCAGCGAAAAAAAUCAAUGUUAAUUCAACAACGACAAAACGAACAUAAUUGGACGUUUAUCAAUGACUUUCGAGCUCUGUUUGAUCUUACUGCUUUUAGGAGAAACAAAAGCAUCCUGUCCCGAUGUUUCUCCCGCCCUUGCCGACAUCCAGCGAGCGUACGAGGCGGGCCGGCAGGAGACGGCCCGGGACUUGAUCAGGCGGGCCGCCGCGGCACCGGACAAGAGCGACCAGGCCGUCGACGUUCUGCGUUUGGCGUCACAGCACGGCGACGCGCAGAGCGUAGGCUACCUCCUGCGCGAAGCCCAAAUCCGGGUCCCGACGGACGUGUCGGAGCGGAACCCGGCAGCGGUGGCGGCCUACACCGGACAUGGCGCCGUGCUCAGAAUUCUGCUGGAUUCCAUUCCGGGCGUACGUCAGAGAGGCGAGCUCCUGAACUUCCUGUUAGCGACUUCCUGUCAGCGCGGUCACGUGGACUCUGCGCGUCUUCUGGUCGAGGACUAUGGCGCCGACGUCGAAGAACGCGAUGGAGGCCAGAGCGACCGCUUCCCCGUCAUCGGCGCCCUGCCGAUCUACGCCGCGGCGCAAGCGGGCAGCGAGGAAGUGGCCGACUUCCUUUUAGAGAAGGGUGCCGCUUUGUCGUCGUACGCGCUGAUGGAUCAUCCCGACUUUAGCGCGCGACUUCUGGCGCGGAGGCUGCAACGCGACACGCGAGAAGGACAAGAGGAAGUCAGUGUGCGUUGGGGCGGGCUGUCUCUCCCGUGGUUGGAGCUGUCCUGGCUGAUGGGCGUGUCCGCCAUCAUCGCGCAUUUAGAUUUGUCCCGCAACAAUUUGUCCUCGUUGCCGUCCGUCCUUCCGUGGGGCUUGCUGCACCUCCGCACCGUGGACCUGUCUGGCAACCGUCUGAGUCUGCUUCCGUCCCCCGCCACCUCGCGGGAGGUCAUCUGCACCAGCUUGCGCGAGGUGAACGUGCGCGAGAACCUCCUGACCACUUUACCGACGGGUCUGCUCCACCUGACCCAACUGGAGAAGCUUUGCGCCUCCAAAAACCGGAUGACGUCCUUGUUCGACAUCCCGCCGCCCGCGAACUGGAGGGGCCUGCGGAAGUUGGAGGACUUGGACAUCUCAGACAAUCAUCUGAGUCAGUUGCCCGUCGACGUGGUGCCUGCGCUACGAUCCCUCCGAGUCCUGGACGUGUCUCGGAACCGAUUGGACAGCUUUCCGGAGCCCUGGGCCUGCCCGCUGAAGUGGUGCAGAGCAUCGUCCAAUAAAUUGAGCAGCCUACCGGACAACUUCUCUACGUUCUGGAAGACUCACCUGCAGGACGCCGACUUCUCAGACAACCUCCUGGAGGGUCUGCCCGCAGAUCUCUUUCGACUGGAGGCUUUGCUUUGGCUGAAAUUGCGCGGGAACUCGAUCGGGACUCUGCCGCCUCCUUCCGAGUGGACCUGCUCCCAGCUCCGGACACUGGACCUGUCCAGCAACAUGCUGGGAAAGAGCCAAGAAGGCCCCAAGUCCAGCAAACUCUCCUUCCUGAGCACGUGGAGCAAGAAAGAUCCCGAUGCAGGAGCGACGGCGGCGGCGUGUCCCGUGGAGUUCCCGGCGUUCCUGCGGGAUUCGCUGGAGGUUUUGUACCUGAACGACAACCGCCUAGAGCGCGUCCCGCCUUCCGUCUGCGCUCUAAGCGGCCUGAGUGAACUCUACCUCGCCAAUAACCCCGGCAUCCGUGAGCUUCCGGUCGAACUCGGCGGGCUGAGCAACCUUUGGCAGUUGGACACGGAGAACCUCAACAUCAGCAACAUUCCUCAACGAGUCCAGAAAGAAGGCGCAGCCUCUGUGCUGGGCUUCUUGCGUGCGCAGCUGCGACGGUCCGAGCCGUGGCGUCAGCUGAAGAUGCUCCUGAUUGGCCCGCCGCGCCAGGGCAAGACUUCCCUCCUGGGGGCGCUGCGGACGGGCAAAGCGGCCACGUCUUUCCCGGCCACCGCCUGCGGCAUCUCCACGUCCACCUUGGAGACGGACGCAGGGGAAAAGGACCAAAGCUCACUGGCGUUGGACGUGUGGGACGUUGGCGGCCCGUCCGGCGCGUCGGCCGCAGCGGCACAGUGUUUCUACACAGACGGCGCCCUCUACGUGCUAGUGUGGAACCUGACGCUGGGCGAGGAGGCGGCAGCCGGAUUGCGCGCAUGGCUGCUCAACAUCGAGGCCCGGGCGCCAAACUCGGCGGUGUUGGUGGUGGGAACCCACUUGGACCUGCUGGACGUCAAGUUCCGCACGGAGCGGCUGGCCACGCUGCGGGCCCACGUGCUGGCGCUGUGCCGCUCCCCGUCGGGCGCCCGAGCCGGCGGAUACCCCGACGUCACCUUCGCGCAUCUGCGCGAGGUGUCGUGCAAGACCUCGGAGGGAGUGGACGACCUGAAAGCGCUCAUCCGCCAGGCGGCGCUCUCUAUCAAAGACGCUCGUUCUCCCGCCUAUGGAGGCAAGCUGCUGGGCAGGCUGAUCCCUCGAAGCUACGUCAGGCUGCGGGAGGCUGUGGCGGCCGAGAGGCGAAGACGUCACGCGGACGGUGAGGUUCAGUUCCUGAGCCAAGAGCAGCUCGAGCGCCUGGCCAAGCAGGACCCCGAAGGCGACAUCGCCGAAUACGACGACCUGCCGUCAGCCGUCAAGUUCCUGACAGAGACGGGGACGCUGCUGCACUUCCCGGACAGCAGCCGCGGCCUGCGCACGCUCUACUUCCUGUGUCCCGUGUGGCUGGCCGACUCCCUGCGGGCCAUCGUGCGGCCGGAGUCCUCGCGCUCCAACGGGAUCGUCCGAGCCGGAGACCUCCGGAUCCUGCUGGUCGGGACCGGACUGACCCGGGACAGCGAGGAGCAGUUUUUCCAGUUCCUGGCCAAGUUCGAGAUUGCGCUUCCCGUCGCCGACGACAGCUACCUGCUGCCUCACCUUCUACCCGCCAAGCCCGGCGUGGACCUGCACUGCUUGCGCCGGCCCGGCGCCGACACGCUGCGCCGUCUCUUUAAGAUGAGCUUCGUGCCUGCCGGCUUUUGGGAACGAUUCAUCGCCAGGAUGCUCAUCAGCCUAAAUGACAUGGACCAGCUGUCGUCGGAGCUCCAGCGCAGCGCUCGUCCUCGUCAAGGCCGGAUGUCGGCGAUCUACAGUUUGGGAGGAAAUCAACGGAGGAACCGCUGCAGUACUUUCCGGGUGCGCCGCCGUCAGACCGUCUAUUGGAGGGAAGGCUUGUUGGUCACCUUUGACGGAGGUUACUUCAGCGUGGAGUCGGCGGAGGUCAACUGGAAGAAGAAGAGCGGCGGCAUCGAGAUCGUCUGCCAGUCGGAGAGCGGGGACUUCUCCGCCGUGGCCUUCGUCACCGACCACAUCAACAACCUUGUGGAGCAGUGGUUUCCCGCGCUGACGGCCAGCGAGAGUGACGGUACCCCACUGCUGGAGCAGUACGCGCCCUGCCAGCGCUGCGCCGCUCGGAUCCCGCGGAAUGGAACGUCCCGAUCGGGCCGGGACAGUGAGGGCGAGGGCCUUCACCUGUUCGGGGUAGAGGACUGCGCUCUAGCUGCGCUGGCGGGAGAUUUCAUCGAGUGCCCCGGACCACCCGGGCACAUCGUCCCCCUCCGGGAGCUGGUACCGGAACUCUUUAUGACCGACUUCCCUGCACGACUGUUCCUGGAGAAGGAUUAUCUGGAAUAUUCCGAGGAUGAGUCCAACAUCAUUGGUCAGGGAGGCAGCGGCACCAUUGUUUACCGCGCCCGCUACCGAGGGCAGCCCGUCGCCAUCAAACGCUUUCACUCAAGAAACUUCUGGCAGAGGGCGCCAUCUGAAGACGCAGACACCAUGAUCAAACGCCUGCGGUCGGCAGAGGUGUGUCACCGCUUCGCCGAGUUCCGUCAGGAGGCGACAACCUUGCGCCGCCUACGGCACCCUUGCGUGGUGGCGCUGGAAGGCGUUUCCGUCCGCCCUCUCUGCCUGGUGCUGGAGCUGGCGCCGCUCGGAAGCCUCCGCGACGUCCUUGAGGGAAGCCUGGACGGCGGCAGAGGCAUCAGCUACGUGCCCCUCGGUCACAUGAUCACCUACAAGAUGGCCUAUCAGGUGGCAACCGGACUCACCUACCUGCACAGGAAGAACAUCAUCUUCUGCGACCUUAAGUCGGACAACAUCCUCGUCUGGUCCCUGCAGGAGCGGGACGCGGUGAACGUCAAGCUGUCGGACUACGGCGUCUGCCGUCAGUCUUUCCGGGAGGGGGCCCUCGGGGUGGAAGGGACGCCGGGGUACCAGGCGCCCGAGGUCAGACCCGGCGUUGUUUACGACGAGAAGGUGGACGUGUUCUCCUACGGGAUGGUGUUAUACGAGCUGCUCUCGGGCCGCCGCCCGUCCUUGGGUCGUCACCCGCUUCACGUCUCCAAGAAGCUGGCCGGUGGCGCGAGGCCGACGCUGGCCAGUCCGCAGGAAGUCAAUUUCCACUUCCUGCAGCGCCUCAUGACGCAGUGCUGGCACGGCAAACCCGAGCAGCGUCCGACAGCCUCCCAGUGUGCGCGACGCAUGAUGGACCCCGGCUUUGCCUGUCUCCGCUACGUGUUGCCGUGCGGCGCUCGCGGCCGGCUCUUCCUGCCAUCGCUCGGGGGACGACGACAUGUCGUCUUCUGGGACGGGGACGGCGACGACAGGAGCUACAGUGUUGUGAACGUGCAGAAAGGUGAGCUGGAGGUCAACAGGAAGUCAUGUCCCGGUGGUAGAGUCAGCUGCCUCGUCAAGAUGGCCGACACGCUGUGGUUAGCCACCUACGAACAGGAAGUUCAGGUGUACCUCUUGAAGGACAUGUGUCCUCUCACGCGACCUCACAAACGCUUCCCGUGUCCGGCCGUCAUCACCUGCUUCCUCAAAAUACCGGACGGCGGGCAACAGGCAGAGGGCGUGUUCGCCGGCAUGUCGGACGGCGCCCUAGUGCGGUACGGCGCCGCCGAGGAUGGACUUCCCUCGGGGGACGUGGCCUACGCGUGCCCUCAAUCCUCGACGAUUGAGGAGCCCGGGCGAAGGCCCGCCCCCGUCACCUGUAUGCUACUCAUUGGCUGCGGCUCGCAGCUGUGGGUGUCGGACGGUCCUGGCGUGCUGGUGCUGGAGCGCCAUGGCCUUUCGCCGAUGCGCCGACUGAAGCCGUACGAGUUUCCGUCCUUGCUAGUCUCCAUGGCGAUGGGCUUCAGUGUCUGGGGGGAGGAGUCUGUGUGGACUCUAGACGACGUCACCGAUACUCUAGUCCUCUUCCAUGCAGCCUCCUUCGCGCCGUGCGCCAAGUACAGCUGUGGCGACUGCAGUCCUUUCCGCGACGUCUUCCCGGUCAGCCGCCCUUCGACGGUGGGCAUAAAUGGCGAGGAGGCGGGGAUUCGGACGGUCUCGCCCCGGGUUUCACCAGGAGGCGGAUCCACAGACUCGGACGACGGUGAAGAUCGGGACACCACAGAGUCGCCUGCGCCGCCUCUGCGAGCCUUUAAGGUUCUGAUGGUGAACGACCUCCUUUGGGUCUUCAGGCGCGGCGGAGAUGUUCUGCUGAUCCAAGUGGAGCCGGAUGGAGAUCGAAUGAGAGGACGGGUUGGCGCUGUGUUGGAGCCUCCUUCGAUAGAGUCCUUGGGGACGCUCGAGGAGGUGGGGCUCGCGGGGGACGACGCGGUGGUGUGUGGCUUUGGCGGGGCUUCUUCCAUCAGCUUGUGCGUCUGGCGCGCCUGGGACUCACCUCGUCUGGAAGUCUUCUAUCGUAGCGCCGAGGACCCGGCCCGUCUGGAAAUGGGCUUGAGGCGUUGCAGGUAGAAGAGGCGGGGCCAUAAUUCGCACAGGCGUCCCUUCCCUUCGAACUGGAAGUGCUCUUCCGGCGCUGUCAAUGAGUUCUUUCUCUCUGAGCCAGUGGUGGCUAGUGAUGCGUUAUAGGAUCUCUGGGACACCACUUUUGGAGAAAAAUGUAACUCUAAUAUUUCAAUGUAGUCGUGUUCAGGUUCAAAUACCUCACACGCAUGCCAGAUAUGAGUAAGAUUGCACCUUGUAUUAGGAAGUUAUUGGCCAUUUUGAGACAUGUCGAGGGUCUUUUUCCUGUUUGGACCCCGCCGCUUCAACGAAAACUUUUCUAUUUUUCUUCAGAUACCUGAACACAUGUCUAAAGGCUCCCCUGAUGCAUGUUUGAGGUCAAUUGUUUUUUAUCCCCGAGGAGAAGCCUCUCUCGUAAAAAAGGGCAUUUCCUGUUUCCACUAGGGGGCGCCAGGCCUAAUGGGUAAUAUUUCAAAACACUGGUGUUCAGGCUUGCAUACCUUACAUGCAUGCCAGGUAUGAAAAAGAUUGCACCUUGUAUCAGGAAGUUAUUAGUAGAGAUGUCCCGAUCGAUCGGCAUAACGUCAUUUUCAAAGUAUCUGAAUCGGCAAAAAAAUAUCGGCCAUGCCUUAUAUUAAUGUAUAUAUAUUUUAAUCAAAUCGUUUUCUAUUUGUAUUUAACGUUACAGAUAUAAUGUGUUACACUCAUCCAGAGUCUUUAGUUUAGGCUCAAUGUAGGAUUAUCAAAAAAAAAUACAAUAUCGGCGGCAAUAAAUUUAUUAAAAAACGUGUCACGCCAAAAUAGUUAUCAUUAUUAAUGUAUUCGUAAUAUGACCCUUUCAUUCAUUAUCGUGCUCAAUCUGUUCCAACGCCAUUUAACCUAUAUAGAGAGAUAAAAGGCAGCGCCAAAAGAGUAGAGUGAAUUUUGGCAGCCUUUGAAACAGAACUUCAAUUUAUUUAAACCUUGCAAUCCCUCGCCCUAUUAUUAGAAAUAUCAUGGGAAGCAAUGUGGGGAAGCAAGGUGGCAAUAGAGCUUUGUCUUAACACCUUAACUUAUUCCCUAAAGCAGAGAAGAUAUAUCCAUUUGUAGCACGACCCACAGUCAUGGUUUUACUUCCCAGUUCCCAUCAUGGUUUCACUUCCCAUCAAGCAUUGGAGCAUGCUGCAUCAGGGGUCGCGUUAACCGAAUAUUUUCCGUCGUUGACCGUUUUUUUAAAACGGUGACGGAAAAAACUGAAAUCUAUCCGUCAUUUUGACUGGUUGCAAUUCACACCCCAGACCACAGGGUGACGAGUGAGCAUAUUAAUUAGCUAUUGUCACUCUUGAUGCAUGACGUCGUUGGCCUUACUCGGAAAAAUGUCAAGGCAACUGAGCGUCCGGACUAAGGCUACGUACAUACUACAGGUCUUAAUGCACGAAUCCCAUUUUUCCGUGUUUUUCCGACUCGAGUGAGGCAUUAACUUGACGGUCUGAACGUGACAAGUCGCAUAGAACGGGACCAUUUCAAAUCCGAUCUGGGUCACUUUCGUACGUGGUCUAAAUCCGAUCUGGGCCACAUUUUUCCAGACUCUCGCGGCGGUCUGUACUGUCCAGUCCCGCAGAUCGGAUUUAAUGCAGCAAUUACGUCAUCAAAAAGCGAGAGACGGUACGGUAGCUACGGUAGCGAUGCAGCAGUGCGUUAUUAGCGCCUAUUAGCGACAACAGUCAUAAAAAAAUAAAAACUGGUUUGAGGAUAAGCCUGAGAAUGAUCGGUUUUCU